GCCAUCCUCCAGCUCGAGCAGCCGAAGGGGGGCCCGGAGUGCUGCUGCUGACUCAAAGCCCUCGUCCGAGUCCGGCAGCCGACUCGACUCGCGGGGAAAGCAAGGCUCUGGGCUCGGAAGCCGGGGCGGCUCGCGGCAAGGGAAGAGGGG